GGCACUGACUGGCAUCACUGCUGGGCACUGACUGGCGGCACUGACUGGCACAACCCCUGGGCACUGACUGGUGGCACUGACUGGCAGCACUGCUGGGCUGCACUGGUGGGUGGCACUGGUGGGCAGCACUGGUGGGUGGGCACAGGUGGGUGGGCACAGGUGGGUGGCACUGGUGGGCACAGGUGGGUGGGCACAGGUGGGUGGCACUUCUGGGCACAGGUAGGUGGCACUUCUGGGCACAGGUGGGCGGAACUUGCGCGUGGCAAUGCUGGGCAACGAUCAUCAGGGCACUGAUCAUCAGUGUCCUGAUGAUCGGUGCCGAUCCCCGCUGUGACAACUGCCGGUCCUCGGCAGUACUUUCCUCAUGAUCUGACAGCGUGAGGAAAGUGCAGCCGAGAACCGGCACUUGCAU